AGGCCCGACAAUAAAUACUUGGGUAUAUAAACCAAAUCCCCAAAGUAAGGGGACCGACUCCAGCAUUGUUCCAGGGCUGAUGCAGGCGGGAUGGAGGCGGCGGUACCCAGGAAGACAGCACACUUGUGAAUCGGUGGACGAACAGGGAAUUGGCUGUGCUGGGUCCAGGCCCCGCUGACGGACAGUAUGUUGGAGUUAAUGGUGCCUCUUGUUCUGCUGACAGCAGCCUCGUCUGCUGCUCAGAGCAGCCACGACUUCAACGAGGCAGUGGGGUAUUUAAGGAAGUAUGGCUACCUGCACAUCCCACUAAACAGUAUAGAUACAAACCAUCCACCUGAGAAGAUAGCGGAAGCCCUGAGAAUCUUUCAGAGAGGGGCCAACCUACCAGCAUCAGGACGCCUGGAUGCGGCCACGCUUUCAGCGAUGAGCAAACCUCGGUGCGGGCUGGAGGACCAUUUCAGCAACGAGGCUCUGAAAUACCGCGUCAUGGGUUACUGGCGUAAGAAGCUGCUGACGUACCGAAUUUACAACUACACCCCCGACCUGGGUCUGGGAAAGACCCGAGUGGCCAUCCAGAACGCCUUUAAGUACUGGAGCGAUGUGUCGGCUUUGGCGUUCCGGGAGGUCCAAGAUGGACGAGCGGACAUCAAAAUCUCCUUCCACAGAAAAGACAAGUCAUGCCCCGUGCCUUUUGAUGGGCGAGGCCGCGUCUUGGCUCACGCCGACGCUCCCGAGUCCGGCAUCGUGCACUUCGAUGAGGACGAACUGUGGACGGAGGGCAAGAGCUCCGGCACCAACCUGAGGAUCGUCGCCGCGCACGAGAUCGGCCACGCGCUCGGCCUGGGCCACUCGCAGUUCCACGGCGCGCUGAUGGGUCCCAUCUACAACGGAUACCGCUCCGACUUCAAGCUGCACCCGGACGACAUCCAGGGGAUCCAGGCGCUAUACGGAAAGCCGGACAAAAGUCCUCCGCCCAAAAGCGCGCCGGGGCCAGCGCCGCGGGGAGCCGUGCCGGAUCCCUGCACGGCCACCCUGGAUGCUGUGAUGUUAGGUCCCACGCGUAAGACCUACGCCUUCAGCGGUCAGUAUGUGUGGACGGUGUCCAGCUCUGGCUGCAGCACUCCCACCGGGAUUUCCUCCCUCUGGAAGGAGCUGCCUGGAAGCCUCAGUGCGGCGGUUCAUUCCCAGAGGACCGGGAAGUCCUACUUUCUUAAAGGAGACAAAGUGUGGAGAUACACCAACUUCAAACUGGACAGCGGCUUCCCCAGACGUUUGGCCAACAUCCCUGCCAAUGUUGACUCAGCCCUUUACUUACCCAACAGCAAAAAGAUGGUCUUUUUCAAAGGCUCUGGAUAUUGGCUGUGGGACGAAUUUGGUCCAAGGGACCUGCGUUCAUAUCCCAGAUAUAUUGGGCAGCUCUUCCGGGGGGCCCCUGCCAACAUGGACGCUGCUUUGACCUGGACUGACGGCCACGUGUAUGUGUUUAAAGGCAGCAAGCACUGGCGGUUAAGCCAGCAGAAGCAGGCGGUGGAGAAGGACUAUCCGCUGGACACUGCCGCGCACUGGAUGCAGUGUGAUGACUGAGCCACCAGGGGUCGCCAAUGUCCCAACUCAAACCUUUUAGGGUUUACAGGAGAGAGAGAAGUGUGGGUGCGUGGAUCUGCCUCAGUUUUCUGUGAAGUCCAUUUCAUGUCAUAGUACUCACAUGGUCUUAUCCUUAUAAAUCUGUCUUUAGUAAGUCAUUAAUAAAAGGAACAAAGUAUUUGUGUAUUUCUACUUUUAUAAUUUUACAGAUCACUGCUCCUCAUCCAAAACAACAGCCACUGUUAAAGGUUGGAUGAGGGGAUUGUAUCACUAUUAUUAAAAGCCGGUAGCAGCUAUUAUUCAUAAAACAAAUGCUACUUUUGUAUUUUUUUUCUUUGAAUAUUCUCGUGUGAACUUUAUCUAACUACCAGGUGUGACGCGGUGUGUGAGAGUGUCAGCUGGUGUGUGUGUGUGCCGUAGUCAGGUUUUGCAUAUUUAUUUGGGUGUUCAUGUAAAUUGCACACAGUGUGUAUUCUGUGAGUUCUUUUUCUUCAUCCAGUUAGAGAAACUCAAUAAUGACCUUGCUACCUCAGCAAUGGUGGCCAAUAAAAUCUUUAAAGAAAUAAAGCGAGAAA